AUGCUUGCAAAUAAGUACAGAGGCUUCAACCAUUUGUUAAGAUGUGUGGAGGAUGGAGUGGAUGACCCGAGAAAGGUCGUUCAUGGGCUCAAUCGUGUUUCGCUGCCCGUUGUCUCUCUCUUCUACUACCUGAGGCCUCUAUGAUCGGGCGUCGGUCGCGCGGCUAUGUGGGCCGUUAUGACCGUUGGUGUCAUAUUUGAGUACAGCACCUCAGUGGUGACUUUCUCUCGAUUCGUUCCGGCGAUCAAAAGAAGAUUUGACUAUGGAGCCACAAUCUUCAUCCUGACCUUCAGUCUCGUCGCAGUUUCGGGUUACCGAGUCGACCAACUCAUUAAUUUGGCUCAGCAGCGGCUCAGCACAAUUGCGAUUGGGAUAUCGAUAUGUCUCAUGGUUUGUAUGCUGAUAUGUCCGGUCUGGGCCGGGUCUGAUCUGCACUACCUAAUUAUUAAAAAUAUGGACAAACUUGCAGAGUCAUUAGAAGGCUGCGUGGAGGAGUAUUUCAGUGGGAAGGAAGCUCAGAAGGCGCGUGGCUACAAGUGCGUUAUUAACUCCAAAUUAUCGGAGGACUCUUUGGCAAAUCUAGCAGCAUGGGAGCCCGCCCAUGGUCCUUUUGGGUUCCGGCAUCCAUGGAGCCAAUACCAGCAGGUUGGUGCAGCGAUGAGGUCCUGUGCUUACUGCAUCGAAGCCCUCCACAGCUCUUCUCACUCUGAAAUCCAGGCUCCUGAGUUAAUGAAGAGACAUCUCAGUGAAGCCUGUAUAAAGCUGAGCUCAAAAUCAUCAGGAGUAUUGAAAGAACUUUCAGCCUGUAUGGAAUCCAUGCAAAGCUCAGAAUGCUUAAGUGAUAUGGUUAAAGAGAUGAAGGAAGCAGUGGAAGAGGUGAAGAGCGCCAUGAAAUCUCUCCCAACCCAAUGUAAUAAUGAAAUAGGGUUGGAGAAAGAUGAUGACAAUAUGGUGAUGAAGAGACAGUCUUUGAUGGAAUCUAUGCCAUUGGUGACUUUUGUCUCCCUUCUAAUGGAGAUCUCCGUUAAGGUUGAAGGGGUUGUAGAGGCAGUCGAGAAGCUUGGCAGCCUUGCUGAAUUUAAGCCUUCGGGCAGCAAAUUUUAG